ACAAAACAUUUUGGUAUUAUGCAUGUACAAGCACAUUGAAUCUGCAAUUCGCAAAAGGGAUUUCUUUUUAUUGUGGUCUUAUUGUACAGGUGAGAGCCGAGAGGUAGUCCAAAGUUCAGCAUUUGUGGAAAAUGUGAAAAAGAGGGGCAUUGAGGUCAUUUACAUGGUGGAUCCCAUCGAUGAAUAUGCAGUACAGCAGCUGAAGGAAUAUGAAGGAAAGGCCCUGGUGUCCGUGACAAAAGAAGGACUAGAAUUGCCAGAGGAUGAGGAAGAAAAGAAGAGGUUCGAGGAAGCUACUGCCGAGUUCGAGGGUCUAUGUAAAGUUGUCAAAGAAAUCCUGGACAAGAAAGUUGAAAAGGUUUGUAGCAUAAAUAUAAACACUGAUCUAGUAUAAACCGGAUCCAGAUUU